UAGAGUUGCAUUGCUUUGAUUUUUUGCUCUCUCCUGCUCUGGGUUUAGCUUCUCCCUCUUUCUUAAUCAGGGUGAGGGCAGUAGCAAAGCAACUGUUGGAGCUGCAUGCUCUGUUAGUACUUAGGGAGAGAGUGAGUGGCAGCAGCAUGGCUGAGCAAGAAGGUAGUGGCUUGCAAGUUCUUCUCUCUAUGCUUCAGAGUUCCUAUGAUAAGGAUGCGCUUCUGAACAUCCUGAGUAUUCUUACGGACCUUCUUUCUGUUGGGACAAACAGGAGGGUUCAAUACAUAAUUAGCAAACGGGGCAGUGAAGCACUUCUGCAGGCUCUGGAGAACGCAGGGCAAACUCCCAUGCCAGACUAUGAAAUCCUCUUGCCCCUGUUUCGCCUGCUGGUUAAGGUUGGCCAAAAAGAUAAGAAGUUUGGACUGAAGGCUCAAAAACUGGGAGUGAUUGAUUUGACGCUCAGCUUGGCAAGGAAAAAUUUAAAUCAUCACCAUAAUCUCACCCACUGCCUUUGGACACUGCAAGUUUAUGCCUCUAGUGUUACUGCAGGAACUAUGUUGGGGGUUAAUGGAGCGAUGGAGCUGCUCUUCAAAGUAAUCACACCUUACACCAAGAAGCACACCAGAACGACAAGGGCAGCAGUUGAAGCUCUGGCAGCUUUGUUGAAAUCAAAGUCAAAUAGCCGGCGAGCUGUGAACAGAGGCUAUAUUUGUAAACUGCUUUGGCUGUACCAGGACUGGCAUCACCACGACACUUUUAACAGUUAUGUCCACAUCCGGAGGGGUCUCUUGCUUUGCCUCAAGCACAUCACCAAUGUCUGGUCUGGCAGAGAAGGGUUCCUCCUUGCUCAUGGUAUGGAGAUUCUCUUCAAAACUACACAGGACUGCCUGAUUAGCAAGAGCCUGGAUCCAAUAGUAAAUACAGCAAUUCAGAUCCUGAGGAAAACCUAUCCCAAGAUGCCACUUCCUUCAGCUGCUCUCAGUAGUUCCUAUUCCUUUCCCAUGCCUGGAAGAAUUGAACUUUCGCAUCCAAGGCCUGAAGAUGAUUGUGAAGAUGAUGCUGAGGAAGAAAUUGAGAAGGACCUAGAAAAUGAGGAUGUAGAGAAUAAGGAGGAAGAUGAUGACCUAGAGACAGAUGUUGAGAAACUCAUGUCAAAACCAGAGCUGGACAGACCUGUAUCGGAACUUGAACAGUAUGAAGCCAUGUGUCCAGAACUGCGAUGUAGCUUUCUGGAGUUGGAAUCAGAGUCUGAAGAUGAGCUGAACUCUGAGGACAUCCCUGAGAUGCUGACGCUUUCCUGCCACCAUGUCAUUCCAAAUGCUGCUUCCCCAAAGCACUGGCCAAAAUACAGAGAGAGGGACCAAAAUGCUAAAGAGGGAAAACUGUCCCAAAGGGCUUCCAGAGCUCCAGCACAGAGCUGGGUGGAAAAAGAGAAACCUUCUCAAGAACUUGGAAAAGUGGCUCAUGAUGAAUCGAAGCCUUUGGUGGGUUUCUUCAGGGAAGGUGAUGUCCCAGCAAAGGGCGAUGCAGCAGUUGUGCACCCUAUUCCCAAAGAGACAUCAUUGAACAGAACGUCUUCUCAGUCUCUGUGUAUGAACUCCUGCAGGCCAAGUUGCCAAAUGACAGUGGAGGCUUCUGCGGUGGUGACAAAGCUUUUGGAGAGGCACCCAGGGAAUAUCCCUUUCCACAAUCCCCGCUUCUACAUGGCACGGGCUGGCUCCACCCGGUCCAUUCCAGACUAUAGAGUAUUGGCAUUCCCAGAUUUCUGGGGUCACCAACCAUCUCCUUACAACCAGUCCAUACAGCAGAGGAGAUAUGGCAUCCAAAAGGCCAAAAUACUUGAUGACGUCCGUCGUGCCAUCCAGCCAGGUGAUAUGAUCAAUCAAGUUGUCUUUGACUUAGAUGGUGCCAGCUCCUUAAGCUCGGAUACCCCAGAAUGCCUGAAGUUCUUCUCCAAAUUUGAAUCUGGGAAUCUCCGCAAAGCCAUCCAAAUACGGGAGUUCGAGUAUGACCUGAUUCUCAAUCCCGACGUCAACAGCUCCCAGCAUCACCAGUGGUUCUACUUUGAGGUCAGUGCCAUGAAGACAGCCACAUCCUAUCGCUUCAACAUCAUCAAUUGCGAGAAGCCUAACAGCCAGUUUAAUUUUGGCAUGCAACCGGUCAUGUAUUCAGUGAAGGAAGCUCUCCAGGGCAGACCUCACUGGAUUCGGGUGGGCUAUGAUAUCUGUUAUUACAAAAACCACUACCGAAACUGCACUGCAGCUGGAGCAGCAGGAGGCACCCGUGGGAAAUCCUGCUACACGCUUACCUUCAGCAUUGUUUUUCCUCAUAAGGAAGAUGUCUGCUACCUGGCCUACCAUUACCCUUACACCUACUCUGCUAUGAUGGCUCACCUUGACAUCCUGGAGCAAACCAGGAAUGCAAAGAAAGUCUUCUUUAGGAGGCAGACUCUGUGUCAUACUCUGGGAGGAAACGCCUGCCCCCUACUCACCAUCACAGCCAUGCCUGACUCAGAAAGCAGCAAUGACCUGGAGCAGUUCUGUGCCCGUCCUUAUGUGGUGCUCAUGGCAAGGGUCCACCCUGGUGAGAGCAAUGCCAGCUGGGUAAUGAAGGGAACCCUUGAGUUCCUGCUCAGCAGUGACCCCAUUGCAGAUCUCCUGAGGCAAUGCUUCAUCUUCAAGGUCAUCCCCAUGCUAAAUCCAGAUGGAGUCAUCAAUGGCAGCCAGCGAUGCUCCUUAAGUGGGGAUGACUUGAACAGACAAUGGCUGAAUCCCAGUCCGGCACACCAGCCCACCAUUUACCACACCAAAGGUCUCCUUUACUACCUCAGCAGCCAAGGCCGAACUCCAGUGGUGUUUUGUGACUACCACGGUCAUUCUCAGAGGAAGAAUGUAUUCCUCUAUGGAUGCAGCAUAAAGGAGACCUUGUGGCAGGCAGGACGCACUGUUGACACAACUGUUGUCACUGAGGAUGUCGGAUACAGGACCCUGCCGAAGAUCUUGGAUAAAGUGGCUCCUGCAUUUCUCAUGAGCAGCUGCAGCUUCCUAGUGGAGAAGUCACGUGACUCGACAGCACGGGUAGCGGUUUGGCGGGAAAUAGGAGUGCUGAGGAGCUAUACCAUGGAAAGCUCUUAUUGUGGUUGCAGCCAUGGCCUCUACAAGGGCCUACAAAUAGGGACCUGGGAACUGGAGGAGAUGGGGGCCAAGUUCUGCCUUGGAGUCCUCAUUCUGCAGCUUAAAUCCUUGCCCUGUAGCAAGAAAGUGAUGGCGCAGGCAGCAGCUCUGUUGGACUUGGAAGAGGAAAUAGCAGAUCUACGAGCACAAAGAAGCAGCAGCAACUGCAAUCUGGAGACAGACGACGAACUUCCCUUUGGGGAUGAAGUGGAAUAUAACACAGACAGCUGCUCCGACCAGGAGGGAGACUUCUCGGAGCUGGACAAAGAGAUCUAGAAGCCUCCCUUCAGUGCUGAAGGAUUCAAGGAAGAAUCAGAAGCCAGCAAAGAGAAAAUGUAACACAUACACACACACUCACGCUCACACACACAAACACACACAAACACACUCAUGCAGGUCUUUCGACAUCUCCAGCCAGCACAAGUAGUCAGCAGCCAGCAUCUCCCAUCGCUGUCAACACUGCUUGGGGUCUUCAGCAGAACAGAGAGCAGGCCUGAGCUUUGAAUUCCCAAGCAGUAAGCAAACAGGUCACUGCCUGUGUCUGCUUCUUUGCUGGUGACAGUUCUGGUCCCAGAUGUUUUGCUCCAGUUGCACUGUCAAAAUAGCUGACCCGCCUCCUCCUUGUUUUUUAGCCAUUGAGAUUAUUGUCUAGAAAAUCCUUGCAAUUGAUCAAUCUCUCUUGCGAGGUAUGGCCAUCAAUUAGCCAAGACUGGCCAGGUGAGGCAUAUGAAGAAUGGGUAUUUUUGUGUAGUGUUUCCUGCUCAAUCACUGUUGGCUUUUCUGGCUAUUUACACCCACACCCACAAGGGAUGGGGGAAGUUCUAUCCAAUUUUCACUCUCCAAAACAAUAUAAGCAUCAAAACACAGCCAUCCUUCAAAAUUCUCUCUUAACCAAAAUGUGUGAUGCAGUUGUCCAACCAAAAAAUGUUUACAAAAAUGUAUAGAUUAGGGAGAAAGUGUGCCUAAAAUCAAUGUAUUGGCGAAAAUAACAUUAAAAAUGCAUUAUGCUAGGGGAAACUGCUUGCAAAAAUGUAUACAUUAGUCAAAACUGCCUUCAAAAAUGUGUUUAUUAGGAGAAAUUUUCACUAAAAUGAUGAAGAAUCAUGGUGAUUUUUAAAUCAAAAUUUGCAAAUUGCUGCAGGAAUGUGAAGCACUGGAUUUAAGACUGGAAAAAUGAGAAACUGAGAGAACUGAAAUUGACAGAUCUUUCCAUUUCUAACACACACACACACACACACACACACAGAGAGAGAGAGAGAGAGAGAGAGAGAGAGAGAGAGAGAGAGAGAGAGAGUUUUAUUGACUGAUAGUGAUAGAGGAACUCUUGUUGGACAUGAGGGUGGAUCUUUUCAAGUGAUCCACUUCCUUAUCUUAUCCCCAGGGCCCGUGCCAGGGGGCAGCCAGGUCGGGUCCUCACUGAGGGUCCCUGCAGCCCAGAUGGGAGGUAGGUCUCCCUUUCUGCAAUCCAUGGCAGUGUUGGCUCCUGAACCUGCUGUGGAUCAUAGAGAGGGAGCUCCCAGGCACCUUCCCCCAUACAGUCAGUGCAGGCUUCAAUAAGCCGGCAUGCAUGCCUCAUCUACCUUUCCCAUGCCUGUCAUGUGUGCCAGGGUUGGCACCAGGCAUGCUGGGGCCCUUGGGCACCAGCCUUACCUGGGCCCCAGCACACGCAUACAUGCAUGCACACAUGCCCCACCUACCUACCUACCUUUCCCUUGGUGAAUGCUGCCCUCUCUGUGCGCACAGCCCUGCCAUCAAUCAAGAUGGCGGCAGGGGCAUCAGCCCCUUAGGGAAACCUCAGCUGCCAUCUUGGUUGAUGGCAGGCUUGCGUCCACAGCACCAUCAGCAUUUACGUCAAGGGAGAGGUAGGUGGGGCAUGCAGGCGGGCAUUGCGGACCUGCGUGGCAGUAGAGGGGGUGCCUGGGAGCUCCCUCUCGUGACUCACGGCAGGGUCAGGAGCCAACACUGCCAUGGAUUGCAGAAGGGAGCGCUACCCACCCACCCGAAGGAGGGGCCCUUCAGGGGCCCUCGGCCAGGGCCCUCUGGCUCCAACCCUGGUGUGCGCACUGUGCGUGCAUGCCUGCCAUCAACCAAGAUGAUGACAGAGGCUUCCAUAAGGGGCUAAUGCCCCCGCCACCAUCUUGGUUGAUGGCAGGCAUGCACUUCAUUUACAGAAAUGAUAGAGGUAGGUGGGACACGUGGGUAUGUUUAUUAGCCCCGUAACACCUGUAUGGUUGGGCUGUGGCACCAUGGGCCCAGCGCAGGCUGGUGCCCACAGGCCCAGGCAUGCCUGGCACCAGCCCUGCUUAUCCCAGCCCACAAAGGCAACAUGUCAUGAGACCCAGUACAGUAGCUCUGGAGGUCCAGCGAGGUCAGCCAGAGCUCAGUAAAGUGAGCAUGCAUACUGCCUUUACAGAGCAGAGUCGCGUUUGAAGGAGUCCUCCAUUUGAAGGGCUGUUUAGUCCAUGCCUGGUUUAAACAUAAAGGGUUGUAUCCAAUGUUAAAGUCAAUUAGCUGUAUACUUGUUCUGCUGGUGAAAUGUUUUGCACUAGGAGAACAUUGUAGCACAAGAGAAUGCAUAAGCAGGUUGCUGUUGACUUUGGCCCCCAUUUGCUCACUAUACAUUUAAACACUGUUAUACCACUUGAAAUAGUUAUGGCUUCCCCCAGAGAAACCUGGGAACUGUAGCUUGUGAAGAGUGCUGAGAGUUAUUAAGAUACCCUGAGUCCCCGCACAAAAGUUCCCAGCGAGGUUUAACAGUCCAUCCCUCUCCCCUAGGAACUCUGGGAAUUGUAGCUGUGUGAGGGAAACGGGGUCACCUAAACAACUCACAGCACCCUUCACAAAUGACCUUUCCCAGGAUUCUUUGGGGGAAGCCAUGACUGUUUAAAGUGAAGUAAUAGUGCUCUAAAUGUAAAGUGCGGAUGGGCCUAAGUUGCACAAUAGGUUGAACAAUCUGUUGUACAAAGAAUUCCUACUAGCACAGCUGUCAAAUUGGAUUCCUUUGUUGUGCAACAUUAAAAUUUGCCCUUGCGCUAGCAGACAGAAAAGGCUGGAUGCAGCCCAUGGCAUCCUGAGCCAGGAGAGCUCCAAAGGCCUUGAGGCCUCAUCACAACUUAGCACCUGGAUAGCAGACGGAGCAGGGACCCGGGACACAUUUCUGUUUAUGUCGCCUAUGGCUUUAAUUCUGAUUUGCAGCUCUCAGUUUAUAGCAGGUGGGGUGAAGAUUUGGCCCUCCAGAUGUUGCCCAGCUAUCACACCCAUCAGCUCUAGCAAGUAUGGCCAAUGACCUGGGAUGGUGGGAGAUGGGCUCCAACAACAUCUGGUGGGCCAGGGGUUGCCCACACCUGGCUUAGGGUGAUCAUGUGUCCUACUUUACAGAGGACACCCCUCUCUUUGAAGAGCUUUCCGAUGAUAGGGAUCAGAUGAUAGGGAAGAGAUAUAUUUGUAGCUCUAGUUAAAUUACAGCAGUUAUUUCUAAAUUUGCACCUGUAUGUAUAAAAUCACAUAUGCAAUUCA